AUGACAGCUUUUGAACUACAAGUCGAUCCAGAACGGAAUGCGAUCAUUCGUCGGGCUCUAGCCAAGAGGAUUGUCCAGCAACGGGAAGAGGAAGAAGAAGAAGCAUCCACCGAGGAGGACGAGUCCUUUCUUGGCAACUCGAUCGCGAUCGUCAGAAGUGAAACACAACCAGAACUGUUGAAGAAGGGAGGUGACACUGAAGACAACAACAACAUUACCUCAAAUCAGGACACACCAGCAACACAGCCUACUCUUGAGGACACGAUAUCGGCAGCACCUGUAGAACCACAAGUAGAGGAGAUCACGAUGGAAGAGCCAUUACCAACAGCAACAGCAGCAACAGCGAUGGACAUUUCGGUGGAGACUCAGCCCGAGCACAACCCAACGUUUUCUGCGGCUGAAGAAGGCGCUGCUGUUGAGAAGGAACCCGAAAUCGACCCGAUCGAGCAGGAUAUUUUGUUACAGCUGGAGGAACUGAAAAAGGAAAAGAGCCGACUCUUUGCACUUUUCCGGAGUACGUUACAAAAGAACGAACAGGAACCUCCAUCGGCACCACCAGCAACAACAGCAGCAUUAUCGGCUUCCCACCACAACUGCCACAGCCACCACCACCACCACUACCACAACCACCCCAACUACCUCAGCUACCUCAACUACCUCAACUACCUCAACUACCCCAACUACCUCAACUACCUCAGCUUCCUCAACCACCGCAAAUACCGCAGCCACCACAGGCUGAGGAAGCGCGCCGCGACAAAAAUUCAUCAUCCGCGCGAGCACGAACGAAUUAUCGACAGAUCGAAACUGAACUUGGAAAUCCCAAGGAAACCGACGCUCUCGAAUUCGUCAUCCAACUCGACAUCCUCAACACCGACAAACUCGUUUGCAUCGCCGCCAUCGUCUGCAGGUGCAACUAUGAUGAAACCGAAGCGACAGCGGAGCAUCUCCCCGAUUGCGGAGGACGGUCCUUUGAACAGCAGCAACAAUUACCGAGGCUCGGGUGCAGGAUCAUUCGGACCUAUCUAUUCGUCGUCGUCGUCCUAUGGAGAAUCAUCGGUUUCCAACAAGUAUCCGCGGGCGGAUUUAUCGGGAUUUAAUGCGAACCGUCAUGGCGGGGGCGGGGGCGGAAGUGGGAGCAACAACAGCCAUAACAUCAAUGGACUCCCGGAGAAGCCGCAGGUUCGACAUCAUCACCAUAGUGGACCCUCAUCAUCGUCAUCAUCGGCCAGGGGUCUUGGAGCAGAUAGUUACCAUGGCGAUGACGGGUACCAUCGAGGCAAGGGCGGCAACGGACCUUCGUCGCUCAUGUCUCCAGGGAUGAACGGUAGUGGUGGAAAUGGAGGAGGAUCGUAUCGACAGCAAGGUGGCGGUUCGCUCGGAUACCAUCAUUCUCAGGGUCCUCCUCCUCCUCCUACCAGGAUAGGAUUCGGGAACAGCAACAGCAACAGCGGCAGCAGUAAUAUCAACACCGGUGGCGGCAACAGUGGUGGAAGCGGGAAUGGCACUGGAAGUAAUGCUGUCGGGGCUGGCAAUAGUGGACGCGGUGCUGGUGGGUACUAUGGACACAAUGAUGGCCCGCCACCACCAAUCUCUAUGCUGGGACCACCAGGUGGAAGACCGCUUUCGUUCAAUAGGCAUAUGAUGCAGAUGCCACAUGCUCGAGGAGGCAUGCUCCGAAAUCGUCCCGGAUUCGCGGGUGCCGGUGGCAGUGGAGGUGGAAGUGGGAGAGGUAAUGGGGGUGGAGGAGGAGGCAGUGGUCCUCCAGACAGACCUAUGUCAUCAGGAAGACCUGGAGAAUGGUCUCGGCGGAGGAGUCGUGCUUGA